UAUUUUUGUGCAGAAAAAAAAAUAGGUUGGCAAGAAUUGCCGCUAAAGUAAACGAAAUUUUAAAGUAAACGCGAUUUUGCUGUUGGCGUUGCAGCAACGUUGUGUGUGGUGCGGAUGUGUAUAAUCCCUAAAUAAUAACAAUAAUGCCAGAAGUUGCAGCUGGCUGAAAACACAAAAAAAACAAAUUGCUAGCUGAUUUCCAAUUGGGAAGUUGGUGGUGUUGUUGUUGCUGUGCUUGUGGUUGUUGUUGUCAGCGGCCCCAAGUUGCAGUUUUUUUGUACGUGGCGUUUAAAGUCGUCGCAAGUAGCGCAAAGUGCUAAACAAUUAAAAUUGCCACGGUGGGUGACGACGACGACGCGACGCGAGAAGCGGGCGGAGCAGCAGCGGCAACGGGACACAACGAUUGCUAGCAUGGCUGACGCAGCAGCAGGCGCAGGAGGAGCAGCAGCCGCAGGAGGGGGUGUGGCGGGCGGAACUGCAGCUGCAGGCAAACCAGAAAAAGGCAGUGGUGAUCCCGAAAUGAAGGGCUGGCUGCUCAAAUGGACCAACUACAUCAAGGGCUACCAACGACGCUGGUUUGUGCUCUCAAAGGGCGUGCUCAGCUAUUAUCGCAAUCAGUCCGAGAUCAAUCACACAUGUCGCGGUACCAUUUCGUUGCAUGGUGCUCUCAUACACACUGUGGACUCGUGCACGUUUGUCAUCUCAAAUGGCGGCACACAAACGUUUCACAUCAAGGCCGCCAAUGAGGUCGAACGUCAGUCGUGGGUCACUUCGCUGGAACUGGCCAAGGUGAAGGCAAUACGCGCCAUCGAGAGCGAGGAGGAGGAGGCCGAGGAGACGGCUCAAGUGGUGCCCAGCCAGGAGAUCUAUGCAGUGGUCAGAGAUCUAACCGAAAGACUGGAGAACAUGCGCACCUGUUACGAUCUGAUCACCAAACAUGGCGCUGCCCUGCAGCGUGCGCUGAAUGAUCUCGAAUCGAAUGAGGAGGAAUCGCUGGCCAGUCGCACAAAGAUUGUCAAUGAGCGCGCCACGCUCUUUAGAAUCACCUCUAAUGCCAUGAUCAAUGCCGGCAACGAUUAUUUGCGUUCGGCCGAAUCGCAGGGCCAAAAAUGGUCGAAGAUGUUACAUCACGAACGCGAACAGCGUCAACGACUCGAGGAAAUAAUUGAGCAGAUGGCAAAGCAGCAGUCGCAAAUGGAACAAGCAGCGGUGAUGGUGCGUCGUAGCAAGAACGUUCCGCCAGCUGUGGUCGCAGCUGGAGCAGGGCUCACCAGCGACGAUGAGACGGAGUUCUUUGAUGCUGAGGAGCAUCCCGAUAACGGCGGUGCCUUCAUUCUCAAGCUGAACAAUCGACGCAGCAGCUCUGAGGAUCAUGUGGAAGGCUCCGAGGGUCAAACCGGCAGCUCGUCGGAGAGCGACGAAACCAAGCGCAGCAACGUGCAACAGCAGCAAGUGUGCCUCAUUAGCGCCAUUCGCAUGGCGUCCGGCGACGACGAAGAUGCCGUCGAUCGUGUCUCGAAUCAACGCCAAGAAGACGAGAUGCCCAGAAGCACGCGACCGAGCAGAAAUUCGAGCAGCAAUCCGCAGAAGGUGCGACGCACACGAGUCCCAGAUAAGCCCAACUAUCCUCUCAGCUUGUGGAGCAUUAUGAAGAACUGCAUUGGCAAGGAUCUGUCCAAAAUACCCAUGCCCGUCAACUUCAAUGAGCCACUGUCGAUGCUACAACGCCUCACAGAGGAUUAUGAGUAUGCGGAUAUCUUGGAUGUGGCCGCCGCUUGCACGGAUGAGUGCGAGCAGUUGGCCUACUUGGCCGCCUUUACAGCCUCGGCAUAUGCAACGACUACGAAUCGCACUGGCAAACCGUUUAAUCCACUGCUGGGGGAGACCUUUGAGUGCGAUCGUAUGGAGGAUCUGGGUUGGCGCUCGUUAGCCGAACAGGUUUCACAUCAUCCGCCCAUUGCUGCCAUUCACUGCGAGGGACGCACUUGGCAGUGCUGGCAGGAGUUCUCCAUGACCAGCAAGUUUCGCGGCAAAUACGUGCAGAUCAACCCGCUGGGCGGCGCCUAUGUGCUGUUCCAGAAGAGCGGACAUCGUUACUCCUGGCGCAAAGUGACGACCACGGUGAACAACAUCAUUGUGGGCAAACUGUGGGUGGAUCAGCAUGGCGAGAUGGAGAUCAAGGGUUCCAAUGCAGCCGAGGGCAUCAAAUGCAUCCUCAACUUUGUGCCCUACUCCUACUUCAGUCGGGAGGUUCAACGCACCGUCAAGGGUGUCGUCAUCGAUCGCAAGAACGAAGUCAAAUGGGUGAUCCGUGGCACCUGGGAUGAUAAAAUGGAGAUCGCACCAGUGUUGCGCACGCAAAAAAAUGCCGACAAUCCGACCUACAUCACCGGCGACUAUCGUGUGGCAUGGAAGCGACGUCCGGCACCGCCGGAAUCGGAGAAGUUCUACAAUUUCACCACAUUGGCCUGUCAGCUUAACGAAUUCGAGGAUGAUGUGGCGCCCACAGAUGCGCGUCGGCGUCCCGAUCAACGCCUGAUGGAGGACGGCGCCUGGGACGAGAGCAAUCAGGAGAAGUUGCGCCUGGAGGAGAAACAGCGCACGAAACGUCGCGAACGUGAAGCCGAAGCGGAAGCAGCGGCAGCCGAGGGACGACCAUAUCCGGCAUAUGAACCGAUGUGGUUCAAGCAGGAGAAGGUGCAGAAUAGCGAUGAGUAUGUGCAUGUCUUUAAGAACACAUACUGGGAUGCCAAGGCUGCGCAGGACUGGAGCGGUUGUCCGGAUAUCUACUAACUUCAGCAACAACAAGAAAAUAUUUAUAAUAAUAUACUAUAUUUCAAUAUUGAUGCCUCGAAAUCCGCUCUUCAAAAUUAUGCGCCCCACACUCGAAUCCCCCUAAAAAAAAGGAAACAAGCCCCGAGCACAGUCAACAAAAAAAAAAAGAAACUACACUAUUGAACUCUAAUCGAACGAUAUGUAAUAACAUUUUUCAACUACUUACACAACACACAACACACACACAUCUACAUAUUAUAUAUACGACUAUAAAUUAAUUAUUGUAAAGUAGCUGCAAAUGUUGGAACUGAAAAUGUUUUUUAUAGAGCCAAGUCUCGUGAGGAUUGAACAGGGAAGAACUGUAACGAGGCGAGGCUAGGCGACAACGACGACGAAGAGCGCGCGUUUAUCAAAUUGUUUAUCAUUGGUUUUUUUAUUUGUAUUUAAUCUAUGCUUUUAUCAAAUAAUUAUGGCACCUACACCUUACCAUCCAUAUAGCAUAAACAACUAACACACUUACUAUACUAAUAUGUAGUAGCGACACGGUGUGUGGAUUAUAUAUAGUGAAAAGCGAUAUCGAUAUGCGAAUCGAAAUCGCUUUCACUCUAAACAACGUUUUCCUUUUUGGCCGAUUGAAAAUUGCUAGUUUGUUUUUCGCCUCUUUUGGUUUGUUGUGUACAUACAUAAAUAACAAAUAAAAAUAAAAUAAAGCUAAUUAGACCCUUAGGUCUAAAAAAAAAAAACAACCACAAAAAUGAAAUAUGAAUAAUGCAACAAAAAAAAAAAUGGA